AUGGAGUCAUAUUUGGCUGAAAUCCUACGAACGGAAAGUGCACUGACACCCGGUGGCAAGAACGAUGUACUCACGGACAUUGAGGCGUCAUCUAGAACGACUUCACCUCAACAUGCACUCUUCGCCACUUUAUAUGUGGGUGAAUCGCCGUUUGGACUAUACGCCAUGGACGUGUUGGUCGACAAGCACACCAUCACCUACGCGCCAAAAUACCUUGGCCCUCCGCUGCUGGAAGGACCGAGUCCUAUAGCUCUAUCGGAUGAGGAAAAAGCAAAGUUCAUUCCUCCAUCAAGGCCAAUAAUUACUAUUGAUGUGCCCGCAAUCACCCAUAAAACAACGGACGGAGAGUUCCUGCUGCUAGGAUACCAUGAAAGGCCGAUGGUAGAUCUGGGAGCGAUCUUGCCGAUUCGAUUCUCGGACACGCCAUCAUUUCCACAUAUAGUCUACAAACCGGACAAUUCUGAUAUGAAGCAGAUUUCGUCAUCAAGAAUAGAAACGUUGGAAAAUAGUCUUGUUGGGAUGCUGCUAGAGAUCUACAUCCAUCAUCCAAUUGCAUUCUUUUCGACCCUUUUCACCCUUCUCGCAUUGGCUGUUACGGUGGUUUGGAUGUGCGGAAAACAG